UGCCCGAGCGGUCACAUGGGCUGUCACGUGAUCAAGGCACGCGGGGACUACAAAGAGCCAUGAGCGUAUACACGUCCAUGCAAAGAGCUGUUGAUUAACGAUGAAUCUAAGAACACGAACAGAUUCCUCGUCUGUUUCAAAAUCCAAACAAGAGUUGUACGAACAAAGAUUCAACUGUAUUGUUUGCCUUUGCCCAUGCCUACAAAUGGUCUGGGGCGUUUGCCAACACCGUGUGUGUGUCAGGUGUUUGUAUGUGGAAAAUGGCAAUCUACGGGACACAUUCACAAAGUGUCCUGUAUGUCUUCGUCCCAAUGCAUUUCCUGAUAAAAGACCAGAAAUACCUGAAGACAGUGAAGAAAUGAUGCGUUCCUUGGGUGUGAAGGAGUGUCCUGGUGUAGACUGCAAUACUCAGCUUUGGGAAUGGGAACUGAGGGAGCAUUUGAUGGUCUGCAGCAGCUGUGCCUCAGUCUUGCAGAAAAAGAGAUCAUCUCCAACAUCCAAGUCAGACUCCCACAGCAAGCGCAAGAAAAAAUCACACCCUAAUAACUCUACUAAUGGCACUCAAAGUAGAGGACCAUACAAACUGCGAAGGUUCUCUCAUUCAAAAUAAUAUUGCGUAUGUAUAGGUAUGUAUGUGUGCAUGCAUGUGUGCUCGCGCAUGCAGAUGUAGCAGAGACAAGUAAAAAUGGAUGGAGAUCCUUGAGGAAAAAGCAAAAUAUUUAGAAAUGAGGAAGUUUUCACUCCAGUAAAAUGUACAAUAUUUGAAUUGUGAUGGUAUUUAACUACAGCUGGUGGUUGCUCAAAAAAAAAAAAAGGUUAUUGCUAAAAACUG